GUUUGUCGUCUGCAACUGGUUGACAGCAGAAGGCGCGUUCGAUCGAUGGCCGUGUUCAUUUCAAUGAUUAUCCAGGGCGCUGACAUUUCCCCAUAAUAGAUGCCUCAUUGGGUGAAACUAUCGUCCUUCUCAGCUUUAUUGUUGCAGUAUGGAAUAAUAGAACAAUAAUGGAGUGUUCUUAUUAAGUAAAUAAUAUUGUCACUGAGCCUCGAUAUGAUUUGUGCAUAAUUCCACACAAAAAUCGUCUGCUCGGAGCAUUAAUUGCAUUUUGUGGUUUAUUCAUCUAUAUGGAGAUUAAAGAGGAUAUCGAGCAACAAAAUGAGUUUUAAAUCAUGAUAAAUAUUCAAAUAAGUUGAGAAAUUAAUCGAAAUUCACAUAUAUAGGUUGCCAUACAUCUGCGCAACAAUGCAGACAUACAAAGAAAUUCCCGUCGUCUACAUUGCCCUUGCUGUUUGUAUAACUAUUACCUUAAUCAGUGCAGUAGUCGGCUACAUCAGCUGGAUUUUAUGCCGCCGGCGACAAAAACCAACCGUUGCAUGGAAGAAAACAUAUAAAGAUAGUGAUAGUUCCCCUGAAUCAAUACUUGACAGAAACCUGAAAAUUAGCCAAAGCACUCCGGAAUUAGCGACAGAAUGUGGCGAUGCAGAAACACAGAAGUCAAGAUAUUUAAAAGCAAAGCUGUUUUUCAAAUCGUUGCGACAGUCAACCAUGCCAACAGUAUCUCAGAGACACCAGUUAUUUCAUCGACAGCUUUCACAUCAAAUUGAUCUCUCUAAAAUUGAAUUCUCUGUGCAAAGUGCAAAACAUUCGGAGCAGCCGAAUCUUGGCGUUAUUAAACCAGAGCUGUAUAAACAAGCGUCUAUUGAGAGCGUGCGUUCGGAACACGCUGUAUGUGGACAGCUGCGUUAUAGCCUACAAUACGAUUACGAACUAGAACAACUUCACGUAGGCGUCAUUCAAGCAGAUAAUUUGCCGCCAAAAGAUUUUUCGGGAACUUCGGAUCCUUACGUUAAAACAUAUCUUCUACCAGACCGUAGACAAAAGUUUCAGUCAAAAGUUCAUAGAAAAACGCUUAAUCCAGAGUUUCAUGAGAAAUAUAUUUUUAGCGUUCCAUUUGCGGAGCUUGGUGAUAGAGUGCUGCAAUUUAAUAUUUAUGAUUUUGACCGUUUUUCUCGACACGACUUGAUUGGAACAGUGACAAUUCCAGAUUGUGUGCCUGAGGGUUGUCGUAUGACGACAGAAACAUUCUUUGUUCGCGAUAUCCUAUCAUCAUAUCAGGAGAAAUUUGAUCUUGGCGAACUGAUGAUCACUCUGUGUUAUUUACCGACGGCGGGCCGUCUAACGCUCACGGUGGUCAAAGCCCGGAAUCUCAAAGCCAUGGAUAUAACCGGCUCGUCAGAUCCCUUCGUUAAAGUGACACUUGUAUGUCAGAACAAGAGGAUUAAAAAGAAGAAGACAUCAGUUAAGAGGAACACACUGAAUCCUGUAUACAAUGAGGCGAUGGUGUUCGAUGUACCACAAGAAAACGUAGAUGAUGUAGAGCUUGUUAUCAAAAUCAUUGAUUAUGACAGGAUUGGUCGGAAUGAGAUUAUGGGAUGUUGUGCAGUAGGUCCGCGUUAUGUGGGCGUCGGGCGUGACCAUUGGUUUGAAAUGCUUGAAAAUGCAAGAAAACCAGUGGCUCAGUGGUAUACAUUACAGGAGCAUGUACAAUAUACGGAUUAUAAAAGUGGUGGCGGUAAAGGUUGUUUCCGGUACAGACAGGCAACAACAGAUUCCACGUGUAGCGAGGACACUCAAUGAGUGCCAACAUUAAAUCUAUGAAUCUCAUUUGUUAUCACCUUGACAACCAUUUGCAGCAUACAUUUUGGAAUUCAAAUCAUAAAUACAUAUAUUUCAUGACAUGGAGUAUACGAUAGGAUUCCAAAUGAAUCAUAAUUACAUGUACUGUGUAGUUGUUUAUAUACCGAGUGAAAGAUAAACUGUAUGUUAUUUAAUUAUAUAUUUCAAACAGAACAUAAAUUCACAUUAAGGCUCGGAUUAGCAAGACGUAUUUUUAUUACGUUAAGUUGUUAAAACAUUUUAAAAGCUUUUUUCGACUCUAGCCACCACAUAUUUACAAUCAAAAUUAACAAAAUUACUAAUUCCAAUUUUGAAUAUUAUAGGUUCAAACAAGAGGGAAAAACGUGCAUUUUUUGUCCGUAUAAAUGUUGGUUAGAGAGAAUAGGGUAUAGAUGUAAGUUAUUUAUUUUUCUAUGGUUUUCCACAUAUUGAUAUAUUGUGGAUUUUAUUUAUAUUUAAUCAUAACUUUUCCCAAGAGCGUAUACUUUACAUUUCAUUUUAAGUGUUGUAUAUUUAUUUUCCUAAAAUACAUGCAAGUAUAUGAUUUUGAAGAACGAAUGAUUCUAACUGUUUGAUAUAUGAUAUUUCCACUUGCUUUUAACUAAAAAAGAACCUUUUAGGAAAUUUGUAAUUCAUAAUGCGCAUAUUUUCAUCGUUUCUGGAAUUAUAUGUACAAUAAAAAGAGAAAUGCCUAAAAUAUCAAAAUAACAUAAAAGGAUUUAGAUCACAUACAUCUUGGCAGGUAAGUAAAAAUGCGUUAAAAUAUGAAUGGAAACGAUUUAAGGAGAAUUAAAUAUUUUAAGACAAAUAUAUUUCACAAAGUGCACGUUCCGAUAGACCGAAAUGAUAAAAAACGUAUUUUAUACAUUUAUUAUACAUCUAGGCAAAUGUAUGUUAUGAAUAGCACGUUCUACAGAAUUUAGAUUAAAAACUACGUAGACGAUACUGACGUACAAUACCUACAUUCCUUCAUAUAUUCCAAUCUAAAUAAGGAACGAGAUCAGACACGUCACUGUCAUGCGACAUUUUCUAAUGAAGCUUUCUAUGUAGAUGUUCUAAAAGGUUUUGUGACAUAAUAAAAUGUGCUAGUACAGUAUCUCAUAAAAAGACAAUUGACAUAUUGUCAUUAAUGAUAUGCACUUUUAUUGGACAUCAACGCUUUGAUAAGCUGGUAUUUCUUUAUCGUCGGAACCCACCAUGUACAGCAAUUGAUAAGUAAAUAGCCAGGGCUACCGAGGAUUGUAUUUCUUUAACAAGUGUUAGCAUUUCCAAAAAUGCUAGGAAUCGCCGUUCAGCCAUGAUUGUAUGUGGGCAACACAUAAAGCAAACAAAAAUACUUGGUUAACUAAGUCAAAUUAUAUUGACGUGCUAAGCUAGAUUUUGAAAUAUUUUUGUUCUUUUAGGUAUUGUCCAUAUGAAUAAUAUCACAAUAACUUAACACGUUUUAGAAUUAAUUUGACUACAUGCGCUACUUAAUUAGUGCAGCAAAAAUAAUUAGCUACUUGCGUAAUUAACAACAGUUACUUGGCUACACAAAAAUUGAUUUCUGUAAAUGGUUGGUUCAUACAUUCUUUAACUGGACUUUAAGUUCUAUACUCCGUCGACGGCUUUGCUUUGAAACUUGCUAAAUAAUAGGUUUGAUGCAAUAAAAACAAUUAAACUCGCCCGGAAGAAAGCAUUUAUUAGGGUUUUUUUUCCUUUAGUGCAAGUUUCGGAAAGAAAACAAAAUAUACUCUUAUUUAGACUGAAUUUUCUAAUCAUAAUUGACAUGUAGCAAAAAAUAUUGCAAUUUGCUGUGUCUUUCCUACCUACAAGAGCCCUAAAACCGUACUGAGUUCGUAUAUUGAUAAUGGUAUUUUUCAGUUGUACGAAUAAGUAACCCGACAAAUAUGGCGGUUUGGCGUGUACAUUCACGCAUCGCUCGUUAUAGUUAUUUUACAUAUUUUUUAUCAUGUGAUAUUAAAUUAUUCGCUUUUAUUGGCUAUCUAAAGGCAGGCGGUGUACAGGUAGAACUGUUGAAAUCUUGUUAAUUGUAUAUAUCACCGUCCAGGAACGGCGAUAAUUACUGACAACUUUAACAAAAAGCUCUCCCGUUAACUGUUACUUCGUUUACGUAAGAUUUUAAUCAAUGUGACAUGCAUUGUAUAUAUAUCAUAAAGAAAAUUGUUUUACGGUGGUGCAAUAUAUAUUUUUCUAACAAAACUACAUUAUUUCUGCUUUUCAUACUUUCAUAUUUUUCUGUCGACAAUCACGAUUAAUAUGUUCAUGCGUUAAACAGCGACGCGAACAAUUGCCAUUCCUUUUACCCUAUGAAUUUGAGAAGCACUAAAAAGAUAUUGUGUUGUUUCGAUGUCUGUUUCAUUACUGUUUGUCUUAAUCUUUUAAAGUAACACAAUGUUAACUUUUGUCAUGGAUAUUUAUAUGUUUCUAAAAAGGAAUUUAGUAUGAAUAUAAUAAAAGUUAUAAAAGUGGUGUGUUUGU